AUUGUUAUUCCGUUUUUGUGAUUCGCAAUUAAAGGAAUAGAUAUGUAGAUAUAUUUUCUCAGAAUGGGAAAACUACCUGAAAAUUCAAAAUAAAAGCACCAGUUUCAAUCAUAAUUCCUCAGUUCCAAUCUGAUAGUCGAGUUGAAACAAAAUGAUGAAAUCCAUUAUCCUCUUCGCUGCAGUGGUGGCCAUGUACUUGGCUGGCGUAGAAUCUAUCGAAGACAAGGAUAAGUGUAACUGUUGGCCUGAAUUCGAACAUGAGCUCCUGGAUGGCCAUUGGCAUUGUCGAGGAAUAAAGCACAAGAGAUUAUUUGAAUGCAACGUGCCGUUGCCUCCACUAUGCAAAUGUAAAGUUGAUGGAAGAGAAGUUCUUCUGGAUUUGGGAGAAUCCCACUGCUUGUCUGUUAAGGAGGAAGGAAGGAAGUGCGAGAAUCACGAUGAGUUUGAUGAAUUCUUCGCUCUGCACCCCCACUUGAGAAUUCACUGAGGUUAUGGAAUGGAAUGAUUUGAAAAUGAAAUGAAAUAAUGUUUGGAAUCUGUCUUAAUAAUAAAAAUAUCUACCCGA